GAGAACAUGUUUCUGACGGUGAAGAGCUCGAUUGGUCCCCAGCUUAUACGGAGCUUAAGCUUCAGCCCUAUGGCCAGGCAGUCUACCAAGCGGGCCGAAGAGCACAUUGCGUACUUGUCGAAAUUCUACACUCCCGAGCUUCUUCAAAGCAUCAAAAUCACCGAGUCCCUCGUGGAACCUGACACUAUCUUGAAAUUAACCAAACAAGGUCCCAACGCCCUUUCCAAGCUUGGACUCCAAAACACAGACUAUUCCAAGACCGAUCCCAAGUGGGAUGAGCCGGUUUUGUAUCCCAAUCAAGCUGUGAAUAAGACUCCAUAUCCCAACAUUCCUCAGGUGCAAGCACCCGAUCGCUCAGACUUAAAGUUGAGAUUCAGCCCCGGCAAAGGUCCUCGAAAGGACAACUUCGCAACGUCCCGUGGGGUGUCUGAAGGGUUGUCCAAGUUAACGGGGUUGGACAAACGGUACAUUGAACGAUUAUACGUGAGGCCAGUGGUGAUGAAGAGAGUUAGUUGUCAAACCUCCAAGGGAAAAAUCCCCAACUUCUUUGCCUUGACUGUGGUGGGAGACGGAAAUGGAAUGGUGGGCUUGGGAGAAGGUAAGUCGCGUGAUGGGAUGAGAACCGCCUUGGUAAAAGCUCAUUGGAAUGCAGUGAAAAACUUGGCUCCAGUGCAACGGUAUGAAGACAGAACCAUUUUGGGAGACAUUGACUACAAGUACCAUGCAGUGAAGUUGUUCCUCCAAUCCGCGCCCGCCGGGUUUGGUCUCCGGGUGAACUCUAAGAUCUUCGAGGUGUGUCAAGCAGCUGGUAUCAAAGACUUGAGAGGAAAGAUCUAUAAGCUGAGAAACCCCAUGAAUGUGGUGAAAGGAUUUGUCGAGGCUCUCACCAAACAGAGAGGCUUGCAGGACUUGGCCGGUGGUCGGGGAAAGAAGCUCAUUGACUUGAGAAAAGUGUAUUAUUCUGCCUAGGGUCUUGUAAAUAGUUGAAUGCAAAGUCGUGU